UCGGGAACGAAGCACUGAUGGUAGAGAAGUCUUCAAGAAAACUGCGAUGGCCCUAACUUCACCGUAAAAUAAAGGAAUUUUGAUACCGAUCCUAGGCUACCAAAGAAUGAGAAAAUGUAUGAAAAUUCAAUAUGUGUCUCUUAUUUUAGGCACAAUCGGCUUAUUAGCCCUGUGUAUGAAAUUGCUAGCCAAACAAACCGAUCCUUUUCUGUCAAUAAAGUAUCACUAUCAGUAUGAUGAGGACAACCCAGAGAGGAGAGUACAGCACUGGCCACACCACAAUUACUCCUCUGUUGCAAGUCAUAAAGACGAGAAUGUCUUUCAUUUUCAUGUAAUGUUCAUUUACAGUUUGGUAUCAAAGAAAGCGUAUGUGAAGGAGAGCUUUGAUGCUUGUGUUUCCACCUUGCUCAACCAUUCAAGUCUGCCGCUUGCGAUCCACAUAGUUGGUGAUAUUGAGAGCUUUGGCCUUGCCUCAAAAACAUUGAAAGCAGCCAGUUUUUAUGGGCCGGUAAUUCAUCAUGAUACAGAGAGUUUUCCUGAAGACGUACAGACGGUCAUCUCAUCAGUUCGAGGAGCUGUGUACCAGAAAAAGAAGUCCAAAUUCAGCGACACCAUUUUUUUCUUGUCAAUGGUUAUGCACAGAUUCUUGCCUUCCUCUGUGUCAAAGCUCAUUCUGUUUGAUGUCGACAUUGUGUUUCAGUCAGAUGUCAAAGACCUGUUUUCUUUAUUUGAUGAUUUCAAUGAAAAAAAUGUCAUGGGUUUAGCUAGAGAAAAUCAGCCGGUUUAUCGGAAUGUUUUCUGGGAAUACAGAAAGAAAAAUCCAGGCACGCGUAUUGGUGAACCUCCCCCAACAGGUCUUACAGGGUUUAAUAGCGGAGUUGUACUUUUAGACUUGGAUAAGAUGCGGAGGUCAAAAGUGUAUAAUGUGUACCUGGAUGAAGUGCGCAUGUUGUCGAGUUUAGUUCAAAAGUAUGAGUUUCAAGGGAAUUUAGGGGAUCAGGAUUUGUUUACUCUUAUAUCUAUUGAAAAUGAAGAGUUAUUUUAUGUCUUGCCGUGUCGCUGGAAUCGUCAGUUAUGUACUUGGUGGAGGCGAGAUGAAUAUGUGGAGAUCUUUGAUCUAUAUUACGCUUGUGAGGGCCCUAUUCAUUUACUGCAUGGAAACUGCAAGACCGACAUAGGACUGCCUUUGAAAGGAACGAGAAAAGAAAAUUAAUAGGAAAACACAACUCUAUUAAUUCUUGAGGGGGAUUUUGUUUUAUAAAUGAGGAUACUAAAGCAAUCCCAUGUAAUGUGGGGAAUUAUUUCAAACUAUAGCAUGCCUUUACUGAUGACAAUUGCUUUGUGUUUUUAUUUGAUAGAGCUAAUCAUUCACAUCAGGUUAUGGGUCUGAAUGCACGUAUUAUAUGAAUGUGUCAACCUUUGUCCUUUUGUGUAUCGAAUGCACACUUCAGCAUGGACUGGUGUGUAUCUAGCAGUUGGCCCAAAGCAGUUGAGGGUCACUGUGCUAAGAAAGCAACAGUGAAGUGAGAGAACUUGAUCGACCUUCAUAUUCUCUCCAGCUGGUGACAAGAGUGUAUGGUCGUUUUGAUAUCUGGUUGACAUAGAGAUGUAAGUAGGAUUCAGACUGACUUGGAAGAAACGCUGAGUUAGAUUUACAUUAUUGAACAAUUUAUUUCUCAAUAAGGUGAAAAAGAAAGUACAUAGGUUGAUGCAAUUGUUUUAUAUUUUGUUAUUAUUUUCUCCAAGAGACAUAAUUACAUUAUGCAAUGAAGCCAUUCAAAACUGACCUGUAUUGGAUAUAGGAAUUCUCUGCUAUAAAGCUCAGCACCUCUGAAUUAGUUGAUCUAUGAUUUUAUGUUGAUUUCCAAAGUGUCUUCUGUAAUUAUACAUUCUCACAUACAGAGAGAGACCCAAGAGCCUCGUCUGUAGUGGCCUAGAAUUAUUAUGCAAGGUCUGUUAUGGUUAUGUCUGGUUGUGUAAGGCCUGCUAAUAGAUUGUGUUUUUGUCUAGAAGCUGUAAAUACUGAACCUGAUUUAUUUGCUUUUAAAUUGUUUGCUUACAUUGUACUUUGAAAAGCUGCUUAAGCUCAAUAUGGUUGUUAUUAUUUUUAUUAUAAUAUAACAGUUGUUAUAUUGGUGCUGUUGUGAAUUAAGAAGCAGCUAAAAUUGUUAUAUAUAUAUAUGUUGCCUGUACUCAUCAUACUAUGUACUUAAUACAUGCUGGUACAUAGCAAAAUCUUAAUAGGUUUAAAUUUUUGGUUGUGCUGUUUCUUGAACUCAUGCAUUAUACUUCGAGGCAGAAAUUCUGACUCCCCAUGGUAAAAAAACGAUAGCCAGGUCUUUUGCCUGUACUCGUUUUUUGAAAGGGAGAAGAUUAUACUAGACUGUGAGUGUUUACACAGCCACCAAUACAAUUUAGAUUAUUUCGAAAGUGGACUGCUUCAACCCUGCCUGUCAGGGGUCAAGCGGGGUGGGGUAGGACAUAGUACACCAACAGAGAGAGUGAGAUUCUCUAUGAGAUAACUUCCCCUUGCAGAAAUUGAUAUUUUGUCUUCUGUAAUCAAAACACAAAUAUUGCUUAACCACUGUACUGUAGAUGCCAGUCGAAUUGCUUCUGAUGGCAGUUGUACAUUGGUCUAAUGUUAUGGUAAAAUUGGGCAUGGAUUACACAAACACCGAAAAUUAGACGUCAUGGAUAGCUCAUACAAUUUGCCAUUCCCUGACUGAUAUCUCCCAAAUUAUUUGCUCAUUACUAUAUCAGAUUACCAGAAUUAUGGAUGUUUCAAACACAUUAUUCUUAAUCCUGACAUGUUUGAGUUAUUUAUACCUGACUGUAUUUCGACAUGAUGCUCAGUGUGACUUUCCAUGUCCUGCAGUGAGAGAUUUCUAUUGGCCCUUCCCUUUUAAGGUUCUUUUUGUUUAUGUUUGUGAUGGUUUUUCUAGUGAUAUCGUGGACCAUAUUGAUCAGUCCUUCCUAUUGAGGUCUUUGUUUUGUUGUUGUGGUUUUGGGUUGUUUUGUUUUUUUUAUGUAGGUGUUUUUACACCCCCAUUAACACAAUUUUGAUCUUUUAGAAGGUUGGUUUCUGACCGUGCCUUUACACACAUGUGAGGACCAAUACAGAAAGACUACGAUCCUCAAUGAAAAAUGUUCUUCCCAUUAAGGAAUGGAACUUGGGUCUCAUGAUUGCUGUAGUAAAAGGCCUAACCGCUACACCACAGAUGCUGGUCUCUUGAGUUUGACGUAAUCUGACAUGAUGUAUUGUGUUUUGUGAGGUUAUCAGGAUGUGGGAGGUGUCCACAGCAAGAGGCUGGAUUGUCCGCAAUCUUAUUUCCCAUACCUACAGCUUGUUAUUAAUUGUAGUGGGGCCACUUUAAUGUUGUGGUUGUUGAUGUGGUAGGCCUACUUAAUUCAGUAGAGUGCCUUCCACUUUGCAUUUUUUUGUUAAAUGUUCGACUUGUGUAAAGAAAUUUGUGCUGCAAAAUUUAUGCAGAUUUGUGAAAUUUUUUUUUUCUUUUUGUUUGUUCACAUUCAUUCAAUGUAUGGACAUUAUUAUCUUUACAUGGACUCGCUCUCUUUCCAACCUUAUUGUUUUGCAGUCGGAAA